AUGACGUCAUAUUCUCUGCUUCUCUCGAUCCUCCUCUCUCUGUGCGUUCUUUCGCUUUCGCUUCCAUUCUACUCGAAACGGGAACUCGCUCCAUCGCUAACUCUUCAUCGCAUCAAUGCUCUCAAGGACACUAUCGAUCAGUUGAAUGACAUUAAAAAGGCGAUGAGGUGCCGCGAGAAGGGUUCGUUUUUUGAAAAUAGUAUUUGUGUACAAUAUUUCAAACCAACCCUUUUUUCAGCCGCGGAACUAGCGUCGAAGCGCUCAAAGCGAAUGAUCUCUCCGUCUCUGCGCCUCUCCGAACUCAUCGAUCCUCUUGUGGUGCAGAAUGACGUGGCAAGUGGAGACGCACAGGAACACGACGAAUGCGUGGGAUUCUAUCAUGACAUACCGUACUACUUCUAG